AACAAACAAACUUGAGUCGCCAGGAAAGUAAAGCCCGGUGAUUUAUCAUAACUUUAUCCUUCCCAUCUCUCCUCAGUUCUGUUGCAUAGGCCAGUACUUAGUGACAAGCAGAUGGCCACCAAGCAUAAAAAGAGCCACCGUAAUGACACAGAUUGAAGCGGAACAUUGAAGGGGCUAGUCGCGUAAUCUGUAGGGCUGUAGGAGCACUAGGAUUCAUUAUGUACACAUGCAUUUCAUCAGGCAGGACUUGACUCUCUAUUCAUGGGGGCAAAACACAAUGACGACAGAAGUAGGAACUUCUAAAGUGCUGGGUGGUUGACUCCCUCUAAGGCAGGAAGCUGACGGCUAUCUCACCGAGAUCUAAAGGCCAGGCAAGCUGAGGAAAAGUUGGCAGUGCAUGAGUGGAGACUCUGUUGAGAGGAAGAGCUGGGAGUCACUCAGGCCUUAGUUGAAUGUAGACCAGUUGAUAUCCCUGACAGGGGCCAGUUCCCUGACCUUUACUUAUUGCCUAAGGGAGAGGCCAGUGCACCGACUGUCCAUCCUGGUGUGUGCAGUUACCUAGAGGUGUAGUGGCUGUCAGUGGGACUGCGUGGUCCGUCUGUGGGAGGUGGAGCCAGGCAUGCUGUGUGUAAGCCCUGCUCAUCUAGUGAUAUAACACGCAAUCUUCAGGCCGAGUGGGAAGCUGACUGGCUUGUUAGUACCCAACAGUAACACUGGCACACACUGGGAUCAUACACUCCGGAUCUUACGUUUGGUGCAGAGUAGCGUUUGUGGCAGACGUGUAACUGCCGUAAUUGGGAUAUAUUGGAUAACAAGUGUGACACCAGCACCUAGCUCCAAGCACUGCUUGACUGAUAAACUCCUGGUCCUGAUUGCCCAAUGAGAGCAGUACCCCGACAGAGGUAGUCUGGCGCUACUAGCCACGGCUGUAAAAUGUGGCGGCUGCAGGAGGAUGAAGCGAUUCAGUGCCCCGCCCCUGUCCACCUCCACACAGUACCCUGACCCUUCCAAGCCCCCCACCGGGGAGGCGGAGGAUGAGGCCUCCCUCAGUGAUGGCAGUAAGAAAGUCAAGACGGCGCAGUCCUUCGAGUCCCUGUUUGACAAUGAGACGCUUAGUGAUGUGGUGCUCAACGUCAACAACAGCCAGUUCAUAUUCCAUGCCCACAAGAUGAUCUUGGGUAUGAAAAGCGAUGUUCUUGCAACACUGUUGAACAACAUGGCCAUUGUUGAAGGUCAGAAGCCUGUAUUGUUUAUACAAGAACCUCAAGAGUGUUGUCUGGUCUUCAGCAGAUUCUUGUACUUCAUCUACAGCGGUGCCGUGUGGCUGCAUCGCGACUACGUCAUCCCGUUGUACAAGCUGGCUGAGAAGUAUGCAGUGCGUUCACUGUCCUCUCACUGUGAGAACUACAUACAUCAACUGUUACAGAAUGGUGUUGGUGCAAAUGGUGAAAGUGCUCGUGGAGGGUUUGCUGUUGAAACAGUCUGUGAUUUAUGUGAAAACAACACUAGCUCUGAGGAGAUUCAUAAUAUAUCCUACAGCAUUCUGUGUUCAAGGUUCAAAGAGCUUGCGCGCUCGGAGAGAUGGAUACAAUGCAGUUGGGAAAUAGUUCGAGAUUUAAUCAAAAGUGAUGAGUGCAAUUCCGAGGAGAACCUUAUCCUCACAGCAGCAACUGACUGGAUGAAGAAGAACAAUCUUCACUCCAAAUGCCAGAUUGAGGACAUUUUGUCCAACAUUCGGUACCCACUACUCAACAGAAGGGUGCUCUAUCAUCUACAGAAGAACAGUGCUUUCAAAAACUUCCCCUGCGUGCAAGAUCUGGUCAACACUGCCAUCAAGUAUCAUGCUUUCAAGGACAUUCCUGAGGCAAAGGAUGACUUUACUGGAGUCCAGUUUCAGAGGCGCUCUGGCAGACAAACGUCAUCUAUACCUGCGUCUGCUACUGCUAGUUCUCUGGCCUCAGAGACAGACUGUAACCUUGUACAGACUUAUGGACAGACCUUCCCUCCUGCUCCUCAAUGACAUAGGGCAGGCAGAUUCCAAAAAGGCACAUGAACUGUGCAGUGCAUGGUUUAAUGGAUAAUCACAUCUUAGAAUGAGACAAAAGUUGAGAAAUUUCAGGUCAGAAUAUUGAAGGUUUGGGAAACUUGAAGGAAAAAAGUUAUGAAGAUAGUAACUAAACAUCAUGGCAGAAUUGAAAUUUUGAGAUGUGUUGUAGUGGACAAGAGCAAAGGAAGAAAUUCCUACAGAAACAGCAAAAUAUUUGACAUUAAGGUCUGAAAAUGACCAUAAAGAGGUUCAUUGCCAUAACUCUUAAAGCUAAAAGUUCAGGAGAUCAUAGAUUAAAACAUCAGAAGAUCUGACAAAAAAACUGCGACCCUCCGAACACAUGUGAAACAACACAAACUUUGUACCUACAAAAAUUUAAGGCAGGAGGGGAAACGGUAAAAUAGAUGAGUAAAUGAAAGCUUAGCAUCAUAGAGGUCGAGAAUUUUGAAAAACUAUGGCCAUGUUGGAUGAUUGGGACAUGAUGGCACUGUUCUGCAACAAUCUCAUCACUACAACACUGACUGAUGCAGUUCUGCCGUCUAUAGAAGGAAGGGUUUGGUUGUUCAUGAUGUAAAUAUAUAUAUGGCGUAACAGCCAUGCCUGGGAUGUUAGGUUGUAAACAGUCUCAAUUUUCAUACCUUUGGGGCAUCAUGGCGAUAAUUUGGUCUGUGUGCCCAGUGAACAUAUUUCAGGAGCAAGCCCUGGAAACAGGAUGAAAAGUGCGCCACAGAAUUAGCGACAGAAAUACAUUACAUGUUGUUUGUGUCAAGAUAUGGGAAUGUAUUUAUUCCAGAGACAUAAAGUAUUCAGAAGGACAUUACCAUAAAUUCUGAAUUUUUAAAUACCUUUUCCGCCAUUUUACGUCAUCCUGUGAGUUAUCCUUGUCACAUGUCACGCCACCAGGAACUAUAAUCCCGGCUGCCGUGAUGUCUACAUCGCCCAUGUCAACGACAAUAUACAUGACAUUUAUGAGGUUUUAUUACCUUUCAAGACAAAACUGAUACUGUCAUAAUCCAAGCUUGGCAUGACUUAUCUACAUAUUCAUACCUGAAAACGUCAGUGUCAUAAGCUUAUUGCUCGGUAGCACAGUUCACCAUAAUUCUAUUUUACUAUUUCUCUAUUCAUAAUAUAUACAGAGUCUAUGACCUAAACCACUAUCCCAAAUCGCAGUUUAACAACUGUUCAGUCAGACUAGUAAAAUUGAAACAGAGAAAAAUGCGAUGAAAAUAAUUCAAUAAGUUUGGGAUACUAGACUGAAACGUUGGAGGCGCAGGCUGUACAUAUGGCUGAAAUGACUAGUCAGUAA